AUGGGCGACAAGCCCCCCGGGUUCCGGGGCUCUCGGAGCUGGAUCGGCUGUGUAGAGGCCAGCCUCUGCCUUGACCACUUCGGGGGUCCCCAAGGGCGCCUGUGUCACGUGCCCCGUGGAGCAGGACUUCAGGGGGAACUGGAGCGGCUUUAUUCCCACUUCGCAGGGGGUGGGGGACCUGUAAUGGUUGGAGGGGAUGCGGAUGCCCGGUCAAAGGCCUUGCUGGGAGUGUGCCUGGGGCCAGGCACGGAAGCCUACGUCCUGGUAUUGGACCCUCACUGCUGGGGUGCCCCGAAAAACCCCAGUGAACUACAGGCUGCUGGCUGGGUGGGCUGGCGAGAGGUGAGCACAGCCUUUGACCCCAGCUCCUUCUACAACCUGUGCUUGACCAGCUGUAACUCAAAAAAGCAGCUGCCCACCCUGGACUGA